GUGGCCGUGUCAAAUCAAGUGUAAUGUUGUCUGUUGUCGUUAUGUGUGCUAGAAAAAUAUUUUUAAUCGAUAAUUUAUAAUUAUCAAUAAAUAUCUUGAGUACCUAAGGUAUUACACUAGUUUUUAUGCACUUCUUUCCAAAAUAAGUGAUUAUAUGAACGUUUCCUGUGUUUUACUUGCGUUUUUGACAUUUCUCGGUAAUAGCAUUCCGCCAUAGAAUGCGAAAAUAAUCUAACCAUUAGACAAAAGUGACUAUUUUAUGUAGCAAAUGUGAUUCCCUUAUAUGAUUUGAAAGUGUUUUAAGUUAUUGAGAGUACACAAGAUGGCUAGUCCAUCACCACAAAACAGUCCAAUGCCGCCGCCGCAGGCUCCCAGUCCAAUGGGACCGCCAACUCAAAGCCCUGCGCCGCCACAGUCACCGCAUAGUCCUUAUAAUCCGCAACAUAUUAAUGGACCACCUCCGUCGCAUGCUGCGUCUCCAGGGCAACCACAAAUACCUAAUCAUAUGCCAGCCAAUGCUCCACCUCACACAAUUGCUUCGAGUGCCAAUGGAGCUCCAAGUGGACCGCAACAACACCCGAGCAUGUCUCCAGUCGGACACCAACUUCCACCGCACAUGGUCGGGCCACACAUACCUGGACCACCUGGCCAUCCAGGAUCACUUCCCCCUGGACCCAAUGGUCAUUCAAAUAUUCCUGCACCUUCACAACAUGCCGCUAUUCCUGGACAGGGGCCAGGUUAUAUGCAACAUCAGCUAGGCCAUAUGCCUCCUGGUCAGGGACCGCCGCCCAUAAGCAUGCCCGGUGGACCACCGCCUCCAGGUAAUGGUCUGCAAGGUCCACCCAUUCCCAAGCCAGUGGGCAUCGAUCCUAUUCAAAUUCUAAAUGAAAGAGAAAACCGGAUCGCGGCGCGCAUCGCUCACCGUAUCGACGUGCUGUCGAACUUGCCCGCCAACAUGGCCGACGACUUGCGGCUGCAGGCACAGAUUGAGUUGCGAGCACUUCGCGUUCUCAACUUCCAGAAGCAAUUACGUGCUGAGAUCCUCAGCCAAGUCCGUCGUGACACAACACUAGAGACGGCAGUGAACAUAAAGGCGUACAAGCGCACGAAGCGUCAAGGACUGCGCGAAGCUCGAGCUACAGAGAAGCUGGAGAAGCAGCAGAAGCUGGAGGCGGAGAGGAAGCGUAGGCAGAAGCAUCAAGAAUUCCUGCAGACAGUGUUGCAACAUGCUAAGGACUUCAAGGAGUACCAUCGCAAUAACGUCGCGAAGUUGGCGCGUAUGAACAAGGCCAUCAUGAACUACCACGCCAACGCUGAGCGAGAGCAGAAGAAGGAGCAGGAGAGGAUAGAGAAGGAGAGAAUGAGACGUUUGAUGGCGGAGGAUGAAGAAGGUUAUCGUAAACUGAUCGAUCAAAAGAAAGACAAGCGGCUGGCGUUCCUGCUGUCGCAGACGGACGAGUACAUCGCGAGCCUCACGGAGAUGGUGAAGCAGCACAAGCAGGAGCAGCGCAAGAAGCAGCAAGAGGAAGAAAGAAGGAAGAGGAAGUCGAGAAAGAAGAAGUUGCUGGAGGGCGGCGAGAUAGACGCGCUGGACGACAGCUCGCAGACCUCCGACACGCGCGUCAGUGUACUCGACCCCAAGACAGGAGAGAUACUGAAAGGCGAAGAGGCGCCAUUGCUGUCGCAACUGAAGGACUGGAUGGAGGCGCACCCCGGCUGGGAGGUCAUGUCGGACUCCGAGGACUCCGGAGACGACAGCCAGGAUGAUGAUGAAAAGAGAGGAAGGAGGGAUAAGCAUAAGGACGAGAAGAGCGAUAAAGAGAAGACGGAUGAAGAGAAAGCACGUGACAUGAUAAAGAAGGCGAAGGUAGAGGAUGACGAGUACAAGACAGAAGAACAAACAUAUUACAGCAUUGCUCAUACAGUCCAUGAAUCGGUGACAGAGCAGGCUAAUAUAUUAGUAAAUGGAAAAUUGAAGGAGUAUCAGAUAAAGGGUUUGGAGUGGCUCGUUUCUCUCUUCAAUAAUAAUCUGAAUGGUAUCCUGGCUGACGAGAUGGGUCUCGGCAAGACCAUACAGACGAUCGCUUUGGUCACCUAUCUGAUGGAGAAGAAGAAAGUCAAUGGCCCAUUCCUCAUUAUUGUGCCACUCAGCACGCUGUCCAACUGGGUGCUGGAGUUCGAGAAGUGGGCGCCGACGGUGACGGUGGUGUCGUACAAGGGGUCGCCGCAGUCGCGCCGCCUCGUGCAGACGCAGAUGAGGUCCACUAAAUUCAACGUGCUGCUCACCACAUACGAGUACGUCAUUAAGGACAAGGCGGUGCUCGCUAAGGUGCAGUGGAAGUACAUGAUAAUCGACGAGGGGCACCGCAUGAAGAACCACCACUGCAAGCUGACGCAGGUGCUGAACACGCACUACAUCGCGCCGCACCGCCUGCUGCUCACCGGCACGCCGCUGCAGAACAAGCUGCCCGAGCUGUGGGCGCUGCUCAACUUCCUGCUGCCCUCCAUCUUCAAGAGCUGCUCCACCUUCGAGCAGUGGUUCAAUGCACCGUUCGCCACCACCGGAGAGAAGGUGGAAUUGAAUGAAGAAGAAACAAUUUUGAUUAUCCGACGUCUGCACAAAGUGCUGCGUCCGUUCUUGCUGCGCCGCCUGAAGAAGGAGGUGGAGAGCCAGCUGCCCGACAAGGUGGAGUACAUCAUUAAGUGCGAGAUGAGUGCGCUGCAGCGAGUGCUCUACAAACACAUGCAGUCAAAGGGCGUGCUGCUGACGGACGGGUCGGAGAAGGGCAACAAGGGCAAGGGCGGGGCGAAGGCGCUGAUGAACACGAUCGUGCAGCUGCGCAAGCUCUGCAACCACCCCUUCAUGUUCCCGCACAUCGAGGAGAAGUUCUGCGACCACCUCGGCACCGGCAGCAACGUCCUCACCGGUGUCAACUCUGUGGAGGAGAGGAUCCUCGCCGCAGCCAGAUACAAACUGAACAUGGACGAGAAGGUGAUCCAGGCGGGCAUGUUCGACCAGAAGUCGACGGGCUCCGAGCGGCAGCAGUUCCUGCAGAGCAUCCUGCAUCAGGACGGCGACGAUGAAGAGGAGGAAAAUGAAGUGCCAGAUGAUGAUCUGAUAAACGAGAUGAUAGCGCGGUCUGAGGAGGAGCUGGAGAUCUUCAAGCAGAUCGACAUCGAGCGCAAGAAGACGGAGUCGCAGGCGCGUCUCAUCGAGGAGUCCGAGCUGCCGGACUGGCUCGUCAAGGAGGAUGACGAGGUCGUCUGUAACAAGGGUCAAGGCUGGAACUACUUGGACGAAGACGAGACCCUGGGGCGUGGGUCUCGUCAGCGCAAGGAAGUAGACUACACGGAUUCGCUGACGGAGAAGGAGUGGCUGAAGGCCAUCGAUGAGGAGUUCGAAGAGGAGGAGGAGGAAGACGAUGAUGACGAAGUUCUGGACAAGCGCCGUAAGAAGGGACGCAAGCGACGACGUCAAGACGAUUCUGAUGAAGAGGAAGUGCCGUGUUCAUCGAAGAAAAAGAGUAAAACUGAAAUUAACCAGACUAAGAAGCGUCUCAAGAGCAUUAUGAAGAAAGUCAUUGAUUUUACUGAUGACGGCGGUCGUUUGCUGUCGGAGCCAUUCAUGAAAUUGCCUUCGCGACGGGAACUGCCAGAUUAUUACGACAUUAUAAAGAAACCGUUAGACAUCAAGAAGAUUAUGAACAGAAUUGAAGAGGGCAAGUACUCGGAUAUAACUGACUUGGAGCGUGAUUUCUUCACUCUGUGUGCUAAUGCACAGACUUACAAUGAGGAGGCGUCCCUCAUCUACGCGGACUCUGUGCGUCUGCGCAACGUCUUUAUUGAAUUCCGUCGGCGAUAUGACGCCGCACAGAACUCCGACGACUCGGAUGACAAUGAUAAAGAUGAGGAUGACUCCGAUGGCGAAUCAAAUCGCUCAGUAAAAAUGAAAAUUAAAUUGAAGGGCAAAAGCAAAAACACGCCAAGAAAACGCAAACAGCGCAAGUAUAUUUCCGACGACGACGAUUAUGAAGAGGAUUAGAUAUUUUUAGUUUUAGUGACUUUUGCAUAUGUGCUGACAUCUAUUUGAAUUUUAAAUGACUUUGAAUCUUAAUAAAUGUAAGUUCUUUUUAAUAAUAGUAAAUGUACUAAUAGUAUUUGUGAUUUGCAUGUUUAUCAGAAACCUCUUAAUUUAAAAACUGACAUAAAGGAUUUAAUUAUUAGUAACCUAAAUCAAUCUUUCCCUUUUUAUAUAAUAACACAGAAUAUUUUAAUGGUUAGGUUAAAAAAUAUAUCUACACUGUAGUUAUUAGAAUAAGCGGAUUAUUUAGAAUCAAAUAAAAUUCUUAGAAUAUUUA